AGUUCACCCAAUCCACGAGCACUCCCAACUCUUAUCCAUUCCUUCGGCUCCCAACCAAAUUUUCACGUCAGCCGUAGACACACAGGCACAGAACAACCAACCCAAGGAAGAAAGAGGACGACGACAACCAUGGCAUCUUCAACAACCUUAUUCUCUUUCGCCCUUAGCUUCUCGUCCUUAACUCCCUCUUCUAGUCUUCGCAUCUCUCCCGCCAUUGUUCCGCUUCCACCAUUCCCCAAGAAACCCUCUCUCCGCCUCAGUUCCUCUCACAGCCUCUCUGGCUUUGCUCCCCUUCUUCCUCGCAGAGUCUCUACGCUGCCCUCUCUCUCUCAAUACCCCCAAUCUCUCACUAUCGUCUCCGCCAAAGCCUACAAAAUGAAAACCCACAAGGCUUCGGCAAAGCGGUUCCGAGUGACGGGUAGUGGCAAGAUUAUGAGGAGGAGAGCCGGGAAGCAACACUUGCUCAGGAAGAAAAAUGCCAAGAGGAGAUCGCGCCUCUCCAAGAUGCAACAAGUUGAUCGCAGUGACUAUAACAAUGUCAUUGGUGCCUUGCCAUACCUGAAGGUUAAUCGACAGAACUAGAGGGAGAUACAGUUAUAAUAUCACUGCAGCAUACACAAUGAAAUGAAAUAGCUGUGUAAACCAACACACCACUGUUAGAUUUCCAUAGCUGUGUAAUUGAUGCAGCCUUUUGGCUCAGUAAUCAGUUUUCUCAAA